UUGCAGACUUGGAGAACCCCCAACACAAAUAUUUAGGAUUAGGUUGUUUCCAUGUAUUUCCUGUCUCCCUAUUGUGUUUGACGAAAAUGUGCGUUUACUCUGCUGAGUGGCACUUCAACUCAAAGGAAACCGAAUUUGACGAUCACCUUUGAUGGAAUAACAUUCAAGUUCUGACUGGAUAGUAAGCUGCCGGGACGAUAAUAAGUAAUAAUAAAUAACACGAACAUAAUAUGCCUUGCCGGUUAUGUGAAUGACAAUACCCGCUGUGCAAGUCUAAUUAUCAUUUUAUACAUCUAAAUGCAAAUUACUGCAGUGGAAUUUUAUAUCGAGGUGCAAACUCAACAAUGAAUAGUUUGUGUAAAUCGUGUUAUAGCCACUCGAUCAUCCAGACACAUUAUUACUCCUCACAAGGAAAGAGGUAAAAAUAGCCCUUUUUGGGGAAUUCUGAGAAGAUCGCCGUCGAGAAAAGAUGCUGCGGAUGGGAGUUUUUUUAUUCACAAUAGCUGCUUUGGCUGCAUCAAAUUCGGGAGAUCCAACAACAGCUCCAAGAGAGCACGUUGCAGCAACUACGUCAGUUGAAAAAGCUCCAAUAUCAUCAACUAAAAUACUUGGUUCAUUACCAAGUAUGCAGCUAACAGUUACAUCAUCAUUAAGUAUAGUUCAUGGUUCAUUACAAAGUGUAGGUUUGCAGCCAACAUCUACAUUAUCAUCCAUUAAAGUACUCGGUUCAUUACCAAGUGUGAAGCCGAAAGCUUCAGUGUCACCAACUGAAGUACUCCAUUCAAUACCAAAUCAUAGUGUGCAGCCAGCAGUUAGAGUAACGUCAACUGAACAACUGUCAGUGCCGCAAGUCAGAGCAGUAAUGUCAAGUUUGACAUUGCCAGUUAACGUGUCCAUCCCAGGACCUAGUAUAUCGCCGAGUUAUCCGACUAGAACAGGAGUAAUUUCUAUCUCGGCACAUAGUCCAUCAUCUAUUGUGAAGCCAACUACUGAAGUUUUGUCGACACUGGCACCUAGUCCAAUACCGACAGACAUUAUGCCAACUGAUGUAGUUACAUGGGUAUUUGGACCAAGUACAACACCCAAUGUGCUGCCUACUGUCGCAAUGGCAAUUUUGCCGAGCUCGGUGACCAGAGGAGCACCACGGAUCGUAUUACACAGUACGUCAGUUGUGUGGGUACAAGCACCAUAUACAGCAACGAUUGGGGUAGUCUUCAGCUCGAUGCCUUUUACACCACCUAUUGUGCUGCCCGAUACUACAAUGUUGUCGACUCCGGCACCUAGUCUAACACCGACUGUCAAUAUGCCCACGGAUGUAUUUACAUGGAUCCUUGGACCAAGUACAAAGCCAAAUGUCUGCGGUCAACUGUCGACUGUCUACAGCUAUCUACCGUCAACAGGAGUUGUGUCAAGCUCGGCGCUUACCACAACACCAAGUAAACUCCGGACUGAACUACCAGCCAACCACUCCAAAGAGGGUGGACGUCACACCAAGUUUUAUACCAGCCAUAUGGCGCGGACGACAACAGAAAGUACAGCUCCCAUCAAUAAAAAACUAAAUUUUGAAGAUGUCCUCUUUCAUCCAAGUGACAGCUCGUGGAGAAGCCUUGAAAGAAGAGUCUACGGAUAGGAAGUAUUGUGAUUCAACUGCGAUCGCGAGUGCAAAGUUCUUCAACGUCACUGGUUUGGUUGGCUGGUCUAGGUGGCGCCUCUGGCAACAACUAAGAUGGCGGACAGUUGGCCAUGUGACCAUGUUCAUCCUGAAAUUCCAUCAGGCAGAUGGUUUUGUAUGCUGCCAAUGUACUGGAUCUCUUAAAGACUAAUGUUUCCUAUAUAA